AUGGCCAAACGUUACAUUUAUUUAUUCGAUGAAGUUGACCAAGUUGAAGAAAAGGCCGGCUCUUGGGACGGUGUUCGCGCCCUUCUCGGUGGAAAAGGUGCAAACCUUGCUGCCAUCUCGAAGGACGGAAUUCCAGUUCCAAAAGGCUUCACAAUUACAACUGAAGCAUGCAACGAUUACUACUCCCAAGAUCCACCAGCUUUUCCACCAGGAAUGUGGGAUGAAACUUUAACAUAUUUACAUAAACUCGAAGAACUUACAGGAAAGAAAUUUGGCGAUACAAAAUUACCACUUCUUGUUUCAUGCCGUUCAGGUGCUCGUGUUUCCAUGCCAGGUAUGAUGGAUACCGUUCUCAACUUAGGUCUCAACGAUGAAACAGUCAAAGCAAUGAUCAAUCUUACAAAUAAUCCACGUUUC